GAAAAACUGAGGAAAACCUCAUUGAUUAGUCUGUGACAGUUAGUGGUGCAAGAUGGCUCUAAAAGCGCUCGUCGGUCAAAAGAUUAUGAAUGAGGUGAUCCGCUACCGCGGUCCCAAAGGCAAGGAGUCACAAAGAAUAGAAUGGCGGAUACUCAUUGUAGACAAGCUCUCAAUGCGCAUGGUGUCUGCCUGCUGCAAAAUGCAUGACAUCUCUGCUGAGGGCAUCACUUUGGUUGAAGAUAUUGACAAAAAGCGAGAACCUCUUUGCACCAUGGAUGGCAUUUACCUCAUCACUCCAACUGAAAAGUCAGUGCUUUCUCUCAUCAAUGACUUUUCAGUUGGCAAUCGCAUUAUGUACAAGGCCGCUCAUGUCUUCUUUACUGAAGCUUGUCCUGAUGUCCUCUUUGACAGAUUAUCACGUAGUCGUGUAGCUAAAUUUAUUCAUACCUUAAAGGAAAUCAACAUUGCUUUUAUACCUUAUGAACAACAGGUGUUCUCCCUCGACUCGUCUGAGACAUUCCACUGCAUGUACAACCCGGCACAGGCGCAGACUCGCAACGCUAACAUGGAACGCAUCGCGGAGCAAAUUGCCACUUUGUGCGCCACUCUUGGAGAGUAUCCAUCAGUGCGAUAUCGCAGUGACUGGGAGCGCAAUGUGGAACUUGCACAACUUAUUCAACAGAAGCUUGACGCUUACAAGGCUGAUGAACCGACUAUGGGUGAAGGUCCUGAGAAGGCUCGCUCUCAGUUGCUAGUGCUGGACCGUGGCUUUGACUGCGUGUCCCCACUGCUCCAUGAAUUGACUCUUCAAGCCAUGGCCUAUGACCUGCUGCCUAUUGAAAAUGAUGUUUACAGAUAUGAAGCAUCCCAAGGUCAAGUGAAGGAGGUGCUGCUGGAUGAGAACGACGAGCUUUGGGUGGAGCUGCGUCACCAGCACAUUGCGGUGGUCUCCACCUCCGUCACCAAGAACCUCAAGAAGUUUACAGAGUCGAAGCGCAUGGGUGGUGGCGACAAGCAGUCGAUGCGCGACUUGUCGCAGAUGAUUAAGAAGAUGCCUCAGUACCAGAAGGAGCUGUCCAAGUACGCGACGCACCUCCGCCUCGCUGAGGACUGCAUGAAGGCCUAUCAGGGAUAUGUUGAUAAGCUGUGCAAGGUUGAACAGGAUCUUGCAAUGGGAACUGAUGCAGAAGGUGAGAAGAUCAAAGAUCACAUGAGGAGCAUUGUACCGGUUUUGCUUGAUCAGACGGUGACGAACUACAAGAAGAUGCGUAUAAUCGCGCUCUACAUAAUGUCUAAGAACGGCAUCUCCGAGGAGAACCUGAACAAGUUGGUGACGCACGCGCAGCUCGAGCCCGCGGACAAACAGGCGCUGCUCAACCUCGCCAACCUCGGUCUGAACGUCGUCGUCGAUGGCAACAGAAAGAAGCAAUACCAGGUGCCAAGGAAGGAGCGCAUCACAGAACAAACAUAUCAGAUGUCGCGAUGGACACCAGUUCUUAAGGAUAUCAUGGAGGAUGCAAUUGAUGACAAACUGGACCAGCGUCACUUCCCAUUCCUGGCGGGACGCGCUCAGACCUCCGGGUAUCAAGCACCCACCAGCGUUCGCUACGGCCACUGGCAUAAGGACAAAGCGCAACAGACCAUCAAAAAUGUACCGCGGCUUAUUGUCUUUGUAGUCGGAGGUAUAUGUUUCUCUGAAGUUCGCUGCGCUUACGAAGUGACAGCCGCUCUCAAGAACUGGGAGGUCAUUAUUGGCUCCUCCCACAUCCUCACUCCGGAUACUUUCCUAGCGGACCUCAACUCUCUCAGCGCUUAAAAUAACAGCCAACAUACUUAUCAUGAUUAAUAUUCGAAAUCUUUCAUAUUUCUAUCUUUAAUCCUUAAUAGUUUCAAACUCAGUACAUGUUGUUAUAGACUAGACGUGUAUAAUCUGUAAGUAGCUUAGUUACUGUCACAAAUGAAAAAAAACAUACAAAAAAUCACAUACAAAUUCUAUAAACAGUAUUGUAGAUUAAAAAAUAUUGUCUCUACAUAGCUAUCCAUAGACAAGUCUGCUACUUUUGAAAUCCUAUAAUGUUUAUCAUAGAAUAAGUAUUAUUCAUUCGUUAACAUGUUAAAUUAUUUAAAUACACUAUUAUUAUUGUUAAUAUUUACUGACUUUAGACAUUGAUUUGAAAUUUUGUGUUUCAUUUGAUUUUAAAUUAUUUUUAUUGUUAAUAUUAUUGUUGUAGAAGUGGAAUUUUGUCCAAUGUUGGACUUUCCUGUUGGGCUGUUACAUUACAUUGCUUUUAGGUAUAAUUAUGAUUUAGAAUAUUUAAUUAUUGAAAUAUAUCUAAUAUAUUGUUAAUUCACACUACGUAUUUUCAACUUCUGAAUUGUAGAUGAAUUAUAGAAACAAAAUUAGAUUGUUGCGAAUCGAAAUAAAUUACUAUGUAUGUUAUUCAUUUUGCAAUUGUUUUGAAUACAAGUUUAUUUUUAAUUAUGUAGAACUGCACAUAUAAAAUUUAAUCGCCAAUUUCAUUUGUUUACAUCAUAGUUAUAUCACCAGUAUAACUUCAAUCACACAUAUUAAUAACAUGCUCGUUAUCAACACAUUCCAAACAAAUAAACGAUUGUUUAGUCACAUGAUUCAUGUUUAUCAGUAAGAAAUACAUAAUUACAUUUAUUUAACAUCAGGGUUAUUUCAAUUUAAACAUCUUGCAAUCAUUAAUAAACGAAAAUAAAAAAAAUAAUCGCAGCAUUUAAAGAUUAAUUAUGAAUUUAUUUUCAACGUAGUAAAAUAGAAUUUAAAGUUAUAUAGGUUAGGCUUUGCCCCAAACUGAUCAUAAUAAUGUACUAAUGUACAUCAUUUAAUUAUAGUAUGUUGCUAGAUUGGAAAUUAAAUAUUGGAAUACAAUGAAUGUUGAAAUACAAUUAGAUUCACUUUUAUAGCGGUUUCGUGACCAUUACGUUCAAUUAUGUAGAAGUAUGCUAUUUAAGCCUAAACCAAUUGUCAGUAUUCAAAUGUUAAACGUUUUAUUAAAUUAAUUAAUCAUC